ACGGCGGCCGCGAGGGGCUCCUCCCCCCUCCCCUCAGACGGGGCGAGGGCGGCGAUGGCGCGUCCGGCGGAGGCGGCUGCGGGCGCCGCUCCGGCCCCUCUGCCCCCUCGGUGCCCUGGCCGCGGCCGGGGCUGUGAGUAGGGCCCGCACAGACAUGAGGCAUCUAUUAACAAGCUAAAAGUGACAGAACCAUGGCUCAGUUUCCAACACCUUUUGGGGGCAACCUGGAUAUCUGGGCUAUUACUGUGGAGGAGAGAGCGAAACAUGAUCAACAGUUCCAUAGUCUGAAACCAACUGCUGGAUUUAUCACUGGUGAUCAAGCCAGGAACUUUUUUUUCCAAUCUGGGUUACCUCAGCCAGUGCUAGCACAGAUAUGGGCUCUAGCUGACAUGAACAAUGAUGGGAGGAUGGAUCCCCUGGAGUUUUCCAUAGCUAUGAAACUCAUCAAACUGAAGCUCCAGGGUUACCAGCUGCCCGCUGCGCUGCCGCCCGUCAUGAAGCAGCCGCCCCUCGCCCUGCCCGGUGCCCCAGGAUUUGGUCUCGGGGGCAUUGCCAACAUGCCAUCCCUCAGCACUGUGGCCCCGGUGCCCAUGGCAUCCAUCCCCGUGGUGGGGAUGUCCCCCCCGCUGGUGUCCUCUGUCCCCGCCGCCGUCCCUCCCCUGGCUAACGGAGCUCCUGCUGUCAUCCAGCCCCUGCCUGCUUUCGCUCACCCCGCCACUUUGCCAAAGAGUUCUUCCUUCAGCCGCUCCGGGCCGGGAGCUCAGCUCAACGCAAAGCUGCAGAAGGCACAAUCCUUCGACGUGGCCAGCUCUCCUGCCGUGGCAGAGUGGGCAGUGCCUCAGUCCUCACGGCUCAAGUACCGGCAGCUCUUCAACAGCCACGACAAAACCAUGAGUGGACACUUGACAGGCCCCCAAGCAAGAACGAUUCUCAUGCAGUCAAGUUUACCCCAGACUCAGCUGGCUACAAUAUGGAAUCUCUCUGACAUUGAUCAAGAUGGGAAGCUGACAGCUGAGGAGUUUAUCCUGGCUAUGCACCUCAUUGAUGUAGCAAUGUCUGGUCAGCCACUGCCACCUGCACUGCCCCCAGAGUACAUCCCACCUUCAUUCAGAAGAGUCCGCUCUGGCAGUGGGAUUUCUGCUGCCAGUUCAGUGUCUGUAGACCAAAGGCUACCAGAAGAACCAGCACUGGAAGAAGAACAGCAGCAACUGGAAAAGAAAUUACCAGUGACGUUCGAGGACAAGAAGCGGGAGAACUUUGAGCGCGGUAACCUGGAGCUGGAGAAGCGGCGGCAGGCGCUGCUGGAGCAGCAGCGCAAGGAGCAGGAGCGGCUGGCACAGCUGGAGAGGGCCGAGCAGGAGAGGAAGGAGCGCGAGCGGCAGGAGCAGGAGCGCAAGCGGCAGCUGGAGCUGGAGAAGCAGCUGGAGAAGCAGCGCGAGCUGGAGCGGCAGCGCGAGGAGGAGAGGAGGAAGGAGAUCGAGAGGAGAGAGGCUGCCAAACGGGAGCUGGAGAGGCAGAGGCAGCUGGAGUGGGAGCGCAACCGGCGGCAGGAGCUGCUGAACCAGAGGAACAAAGAGCAGGAGGACAUCGUGGUGCUGAAGGCAAAGAAGAAAACCCUGGAGUUCGAGCUGGAGGCUCUGAAUGAUAAAAGGAACCAGUUGGAGGGGAAGCUUCAGGAUAUCAGGUGUCGGCUGUCGACCCAAAGACAAGAAAUUGAAAGUACAAAUAAAUCCAGAGAACUCAGAAUUGCAGAAAUCACCCAUUUACAGCAGCAGCUACAGGAGUCCCAGCAGAUGCUGGGCAGGCUGAUUCCAGAGAAGCAGCUGCUCAAUGAUCAGCUCAAGCAAGUCCAGCAGAACAGUUUGCACAGGGAUUCCCUUCUCACCAUCAAAAGAGCCUUGGAGGCCAAGGAACUGGCACGGCAACAGCUCCGGGACCAGCUGGAUGAGGUGGAGAAAGAAACCAGAUCUAAACUGCAGGAAAUUGAUAUUUUCAAUAAUCAGCUGAAGGAGCUGAGAGAAAUCCAUAACAAACAGCAGCUCCAGAAGCAGAAGAGCUUGGAAGCUGAGAGGUUGAAACAGAAGGAGCAGGAAAGGAAGACAGUGGAGCUGGAAAAGCAAAAAGAAGCUCAGAGGCGGAUCCAGGACCGGGACAAACCGCGGCUGGAGCGGGGACAGCCAGAGGAGGAGCCACAGUGGCAAAAAAAAAUCCAGGAAGAUGACAAGCAAAAAAGGGAAGAACUCCCCAAGAAGAAGGAAAGUGAGGAUAAGGGGAAACAGGAAAUGCAGGAGAAGCUGAGUAAACUCUUCCAGCCCCACCAGGAGCCGAACAAGCCCGGCCAGGCUCCGUGGUCCAACGCAGAGAAAGCUCCUCUAACCAUUUCUGCUCAGGAGGAUGUAAAAAUAGUGUAUUACAGAGCUCUGUAUCCUUUUGAAUCCAGAAGCCACGACGAGAUCACCAUCCAGCCUGGAGACAUCGUCAUGGUGGAUGAAAGCCAGACUGGAGAGCCAGGGUGGCUCGGUGGAGAACUGAAGGGGAAAACUGGAUGGUUCCCUGCAAACUAUGCAGAGAAAAUUCCGGACAGUGAAGUUCCAGCCUCUGCCAAGCCCGCGGCCGAGCCCUCUGCUGCUCCCAAAGUGUCUGUGCAGGAAACCUCCACUCCCCUGGGAGCCCCUGCCCCUGCAGAGGCUCCUGCAGCAGCCAACAACUGGGCAGACUUCAGCUCCACCUGGCCAGCAAACAGCAGUGAGAAGCCAGAGAGUGACAACUGGGAUGCGUGGGCAGCUCAGCCCUCCCUGACCGUGCCCAGCGCAGGGCAGCUCCGGCAGCGCUCGGCCUUCACUCCUGCCACGGUCACAGGCUCGUCCCCCUCCCCUGUCCUGGGCCAGGGUGAGAAGGUGGAGGGGCUUCAAGCACAGGCCCUGUACCCUUGGAGAGCCAAGAAGGACAACCACCUGAACUUCAACAAGAACGACGUGAUCACCGUGCUGGAGCAGCAGGACAUGUGGUGGUUUGGGGAGGUGCAGGGCCAGAAGGGCUGGUUCCCCAAAUCCUACGUCAAGCUCAUUUCAGGCCCCAUCAGGAAAUCCACCAGCAUGGAUUCUGGUUCCUCAGAAAGUCCUGCUAGUCUGAAAAGAGUAGCAUCCCCAGCAGCCAAGGCAGCGAUGUCAGGGGAAGAGUACAUUGCCAUGUACACCUACGAGAGCUCGGAGCAGGGAGACCUCACUUUCCAACAAGGUGACCUGAUCCUGGUGACAAAGAAAGAUGGUGACUGGUGGACGGGAACGCUGGGUGAUAAAUCAGGAGUUUUCCCAUCUAAUUAUGUGAGACUCAAAGAUUCUGAGGCUCCAGGAGCAGCUGGGAAAACAGGAAGCUUAGGGAAGAAACCUGAAAUUGCCCAGGUUAUUGCCUCUUACACAGCAACAGGCCCAGAACAGCUGACUCUUGCUCCUGGCCAGUUGAUUCUCAUCAGAAAGAAGAAUCCAGGUGGUUGGUGGGAAGGAGAGCUCCAAGCGCGCGGCAAGAAGCGCCAGAUCGGCUGGUUCCCGGCCAACUACGUCAAACUGCUCAGCCCUGGCACCAGCAAGAGCACCCCCACCGAGCUGCCCCGGCCUGCUGCGCCCUCAGUGUGCCAGGUGAUCGGCAUGUACGACUACAGCGCACAGAACGACGACGAGCUGGCCUUCAGCAAGGGCCAGAUCAUCACCGUGCUCAGCAGGGAGGACCCCGACUGGUGGAAGGGAGAGGUGAACGGCCACGUGGGGCUCUUCCCGUCCAACUACGUGAAGCUGACCACGGACACGGACCCGAGCCAGCAGUGGUGUGCAGACCUGCACCUGCUGGACAUGCUGACCCCCACCGAGAGGAAGAGGCAGGGCUACAUCCACGAGCUCAUCGUCACCGAGGAGAACUACGUCAAUGACCUGCAGCUGGUGACAGAGAUCUUCCAGAAACCACUGAUGGAGUCGGAGCUGGUCACAGAAAAAGAAGUUGCCAUGAUUUUUGUUAAUUGGAAGGAGCUGAUUAUGUGCAAUAUCAAACUACUGAAGGCCCUGCGUGUGAGGAAGAAGAUGUCCGGGGAGAAGAUGCCGGUGAAGAUGAUCGGGGACAUCCUGACGGCGCAGCUGCCCCACAUGCAGCCCUACAUCCGCUUCUGCAGCUGCCAGCUCAACGGGGCCGCCCUCAUCCAGCAGAAGACGGACGAGGUGCCCGAGUUCAAGGAGUUUGUCAAGAGGUUAGCAAUGGAUCCUCGCUGUAAAGGAAUGCCACUGUCAAGUUUUCUACUAAAGCCUAUGCAACGGGUAACCAGAUACCCACUAAUAAUUAAAAAUAUCAUCGAGAACACCCCCGAGAACCACCCCGACCACAGCCACCUGCGGCACGCCCUGGAGAAGGCGGAGGAGCUGUGCUCGCAGGUGAACGAGGGCGUGCGCGAGAAGGAGAACUCGGACCGGCUGGAGUGGAUCCAGGCCCACGUGCAGUGCGAGGGGCUCUCCGAGGGCAGCCCCGAUUGUUUCACUUUAUACAGUGCGUUGUUGUUCUUCUUCUACUUUUCGCAGCAACUCGUUUUUAAUUCAGUUACAAACUGCUUGGGACCACGCAAGUUCCUGCACAGCGGGAAGCUCUAUAAAGCCAAGAGUAACAAGGAGCUGUAUGGUUUUCUCUUCAACGACUUCCUCCUCCUCACUCAGAUCAUAAAACCUCUUGGCUCUUCGGGCACAGACAAGGUCUUCAGCCCCAAGUCCAACCUGCAAUACAAAAUGUACAAAACUCCCAUUUUCCUAAACGAGGUACUGGUGAAAUUACCCACAGACCCUUCUGGAGAUGAGCCCAUCUUCCACAUCUCCCACAUUGACAGAGUCUACACACUCCGGGCCGAAAGCAUUAAUGAAAGGACUGCCUGGGUUCAGAAGAUCAAAGCUGCUUCAGAGCUUUACAUAGAGACUGAAAAGAAGAAGAGGGAAAAGGCCUACUUAGUUCGCUCUCAGAGAGCAACAGGCAUCGGGAGGCUGAUGGUGAACGUUGUUGAAGGCAUUGAACUAAAGCCCUGCAGGUCCCACGGAAAGAGCAACCCCUACUGCGAGGUGACCAUGGGCUCCCAGUGCCACAUCACCAAGACCAUCCAGGACACCCUGAACCCCAAGUGGAAUUCCAACUGCCAGUUCUUCAUCAAGGACCUGGAGCAGGACGUGCUGUGCAUCACGGUGUUCGAGCGGGACCAGUUCUCCCCGGAUGACUUUUUGGGCAGGACAGAGAUCCGUGUGGCAGACAUCAAGAAGGACCAGGGUUCCAAGGGACCAGUCACAAAGUGUCUCCUUCUGCACGAAGUCCCCACGGGGGAGAUCGUGGUGCGUCUGGACCUGCAGUUGUUUGAUGAGCCUUAGGAGAGAGGGGCCGAUGUUGGAAUUCAGCCGGAGUUCACUGCAGGAGGUGUCUGCAGAAGCUGUCACCGAGUCCUUGCUGGUGUGGCAUGAAACUACUGCUCGCCCUUCACACGUCAGAGGGUUAUCAAAGCAAACAGGAGCAUCUUUGUGCCUUGAUAAUUCUCACUGAACACAUGAAUCCCAAUUUAGUGAGGAGAUCUUGCUCAAUCUCUCUGUGUGGAACCCGGCGUUGGUUUCCUGGGCUGGUGAAACAACCCUGUUGUUCCUCGUGCUGCAGUCGGGACGGCUGGCAAACCACGUGGGUGGCUGUGCUUGCUCCAGUUGCUCUUUCAUUCCCAUGGAGGAGGCAGUGUGGGUGUGUUUUGGAGGCUUUCUGAGGGCUUUCCCCCUUCAGGAGUUCUGUGCCUAUUGCUCAGCAGAGUGGUGUGUAAAUGUGAGUGAAUGGAAGAAGCAGUUCCGCAGCAAGAAGGUCUUUGAAGAUCUUCGUGAUGGGACUGAAAAGACUUAGAAAAUAAAUAGUCUAUAUCUAUAAACAGAGAAGAUUCUAUUAACAUACCACUUCAUGACUCGUGUCGCCCCGAAAGUAAAAGAUGUCCAGGCGUUCUGCACAGAGAUGAGUUGCACUCCAGAAGAAUCCAGCCCUCGGUCCCUUGGAAGCUGCUGCUGUCCCCAGGGCUGUCAGUGCUGGGGCAGGAAGCCAGGGCUGAGGCACAGAGCCCCGCUGGGGGCCGUGUGUGCUCCCGGUGCUCCUUCACUGCUGCUGCUCCCAGGGGUGGGCGUCACCCGCAGUGGGAAGAAGAAAGUCGUGGCUCCAGCUCGGAAGCGAAGCUGCAGCCGCAGAGCCCGGUGUGCGGCACAGUCUGCGGUGCCCAGGCAGGGGCUGAGCCCGUGUGAGACCGGGAGCGCCGGGGCUGGGGCAGCCCUGUGCUGCAGCUCCCGGGGCAUGCUGGAUGUCACCUGAGAGCCCGUGGUGGUGCAGAGUGGGGAACCCAAAGCCAUCCGGGGAAUGCCAGGGCUCUCCAUCCGUUCCGCUCCAUGGAUAACAACGUCCAGGCCCACAGCCCAGUUUGGCAAAGCUCCUGGCUCCAGGCGGGCACUGGCGUCUGCUGUCCCUCAGGCACACGUGGGAGUGCUCUGCUGAGUCUGGACUGGGGGACAAAAGAUCCCCGAGAGUCAAAUUCCUCUUUGUUCAGCUUGGAUUCCUUUUGUUCAUGCCCUGCCACACAUCCACUGGUAUUUUUGUAAGGACUUCAUUCCGGAUGGGAGGUGCCAGCCCGUGUCAUUCGCAUGUGAACGUUCUCGUGGAGCUGUUGUUAGGUUUUGGUGUUCCUUGCAUGUCCUUUCAGUACUGGUUCCCACCUCUCCUGUGUCGGCGGUGUUCUCUAGCACUCCAAGUCUUAUUGGUUUCCAUUAGGAAAUUAGGAUAUAUCCAUAACAGGUAGGUAGAUCAGUAUGGUAAUAAGUGUAAACUGUGCUGGGAAGUGUCUGUGUAUUAUAAUUUCCUAAAAGACCACUGUAAUGUUUCAAGCAAUGGGAAGGAAAAAAAAAUGUAUGUAGGAGGGACAACAAAGUUUACAUUUCAUACUUUUCAGAAUCGCUUUAUUAUUUAUUUAUUGAAGAUAGUGUAGAAUUUUGUAUCAGAAAUGACAGACAUACUUAUGUAUUUUUUGAAACAAAACAGAGAUACACACUUUAGUUAGAAACUUUCAACUGACCACAUUUUAGAGGGAGUGUGACUUCCUAGGCAUGCAUUUGUUUACCACUAACUGGCUGAAAACACGAUUAAGAGAACUUUAAGUUUCUAUUUUUCAAUGUUGUUAAGAAAAUUGUUUCAAUUAAAAUAUGUAAAUAGUACUAAACCCAUGCUUUCCUAAUUCCAUAUCAAUACAUUUUAUUAAAUAUAAUGUAUAUGAAAAUACACAUUGUUGUGGUAGGAUAAAAAAGUGAUAAAAUCUAUUACUGGAGUACCAUUAAAUGUCAUUGUCCAACCUUUCA